AGGAAAUCGUCUUCCCACUCCUAGAACCUUGCUCAUGCAGCCAACCAUGAUAAGUACUAUGUUCAGGUCCCCGGAUGAAUUUUCUCCUAAAACGGCCUAUGAUUUCUUUGAGAAUCAGAUAAACAUCACUUGGUGCCCUUAUUCUUCACGUAACCUGAAUGGAGUGGAUCAGCUACAGAGGUCUUUUAUGAUUUCUGUCCGCCGAGGUAUUCUUCCCUGGAGGUUCUUAUUUCAGAACAUUGAUGUGUGUAUAGCUGAGCCCUACCAUCCGGAUCGUGUGGCUCGCCAAUUUAGACUGGACCAAUUGAUACCAUACGAUCCGUUGAGAUCUUUAUUUACCGAAGCCGAUGUUGGUAUUGCAUACACCUACUGGUCCCAUUUGUUACGACCAAGUCAGGAGAAUAUCCAACAUCCUCUUAGCAGCCGAUAUGAGGGCAAGUGUUCUUUGCCAUGGGCCGAUUGGUGGAAGAAGUUUUUGAAACCGUUCAGUGAUAUUUCGCAUAAACUCAGGGAUGGCAGUUUGCAUGGGAAAAUCCCAUAUGAUGAGAGGAGGAAUGCGUUUAAGCAAAGCGAGAAACUAUUCAUGUCCCCACGCAAGCUUUCAAAUUUAGAUCAUGUUAUAAUAAAAGAAGUAUCAGCAAGACGUCAAAACGAGUACAUUACCGCUAUUGAAGCGAAGGAGAAAGAGAUCGUGGAUUAUUGGAAACAAAUUUUGGCAACUUUUCUCGGAGAUAAUGAGCCUCCUAAAAGUCCUCACAAAUUCAAAGUGGAUUCGAAAUACAUUUUCCAUGUUGAGUUGCCAACCGAUGUGGUGAAUACCUCUUGA